AUGUCGACCUUGGUGCAGCCGCUGUUUGAGCCCGAGGAUGUGUGGCCAGGCGUGCUCAUGGACGACGAUGUGCUGGAGUCUUUCCAGGCAAGCCGGUUGCACCUGGUGGUGCUGGAGGAUGUCAGAGCGAGUCCCUCAGCCUCAGCGGUCCAGUUUCCCCUGACCCACCAAGCCCUGGAUGACCUGGACCAGUUCGAGAUCAACCGGCCCCCAUCCCCUGGCCAAGUCCUGGAGCUCCUGUCCGAUGGAGUGGGGACCUCGCCCUGGGGUCUGGACGCUGGCGCCGUCGCCGACCCCGGGAAGCCAGAUGAGGCUUUCGGGGAACUCAUCCCCAUGGCGCGCCCGAUCCACACCCCCACCCGCUCCGCUGACGGCUCCGCCCACCACCAGACCAGCAGUGGAGAGGAUGCCAGCAAUACGUCGCGGUAUCAGCAGUCCAGCCCCGCCAGCCAACAAGAUGGCGCUGCGGGGGCCGACGAGGACGAGGCCAAGCGGGCGAUCCGCAUGGCACGCAACCGCGAGAAUGCGCACCUGUCUCGACAGAGGAAGAAAGCGCAGCUGGAGGGCCUGGAGCAGACGUGCUCUGCGCUGACCGGGCAGGUCCGCGCCCUCUCCACCUUUGUGGGCCAGCUGACGGCGGAGAACGAGCUCCUGCGGCGACACUUGGCGGCCGCCUGCACGGCGGCAGGGCGCCCCCUCCCGGACCUCCCGCGGGGCGCGGCGCGCCUGGCUCAGAACUCAGGGGCAGGGGCAGGCGCCCUGCGCCACGCCGGCCGCGCCCUGCAGAUGAUGCCCGGCCGCGCCCUGCAGAUGAUGCCCGGCCGCGCCGCUGCCGCCGCCGAAGCGGGGCCAGGCCCCGAGCUCAUGGGCGCACUCGCUGACCUGGCGCCCCUGGCCCUGUCCCUAGAGGGCGGCGGGCUGGGACCCCUGGACCCCCAGUCUGCCCUCCCAAGUCUGGCAGAGCCUGUGUUCAAGGCGUGGGGCAUGCCCCCCCCCGGCAUCUGUCGCAAGCUGCACAGCAUUGAGGCCGGGAGUCUGCCCCUCCCCCUGGAUGUGUCACGCGGGGACCUGGUGGAGUUUUUGGAGGGGCGGCUGGGCGCGCAGGGCCGGGCCCUGAGUGCCGUGGCGCCGCCCCUCCCCCGACCCCUGGCGCUGCUACCGGGUGAGGGGCCGGAGGCGCCCCGCGACUACCCCGGGGCGGCGGAGAGCGUCGGCGCGGACCCCUCCCAGUGCCCCCCCAGCCCCACGCGCGAUGUGGAGGAGGAGAGCGAGAAUGUCGUGCGCCACGACUGGAUGAGCGUGGCAGAGCCGGUGCUCCUCACCGCCCUCUCCGCGCCCGCCGCCAACGCCAGCAACGGGGCCGGGGCAGCCGCAGCGCCGGGGGUCGUGGUGGUCAUGCUGGAGCCAGGGCGGCGGCUGGUGACCUACGCCUGCGAUGACGCCGUGCCUCGCGUCGCCGCCCGCGCGGCCUGA